UCGGUAACUGAAACGAUCAUUGACAGAGUUAAUGUGGAAGUCUGUAUCACAUCGCGCAAUAUUCGCGACAUUUUUGUGAAUUUUCAAGAAACGGGCAUAUAUCACUAGAUUGUUCGAUCUACGAGCUUCAUCAAUGCUGUUCCUAGAGCAGCUGUAGUGAGAGUGUGAAACAAUAAUCGGUGCUCUGAAUAAUGUAUGAUAGCAGUUGGUGAUAGGAUGCCACAUAACAAAACACAAGCGACAACGUUUUGCCUCUCAGAGAAAAAUAAGCAAAGUAUGUUAAUAAAUAACCAGUGAAAGAGUUUUCAACGAGAGUGAGAACUGCUACAAUAGUAGUGCUAUUCUAUUGGAGUUGUUUGUGUUAUUGUUAUUCAUUGGACUGUGCUGCAUUCAGUCACCAAGAUACAAUAACAAGCAAAAUUAUGAGUCCACGAUAUGUCCUGUUGCUAAUUUUUACAAUUCUGGCAAUUGGGGUAACCAUUUAUUUUGUUAAUGUGUAUUACUUCCAUGGAGAACAAGACACUGAACCAGAACAGGAAAAUCUCUCAAAUGCAACUGAAGCAAUAAUUGAAGGAGAAACUGGAGAGAAGCCAGAGGUCGAUUUUAUGCCUGGUCAAAUUGAAGGAUCAUUGUACCUGAAAAGUAUUUUCAAAAAUAUGGUUUGUGAAAGGAAAACUGAUGAUGAAAAUACUCUGUAUGUCUCCUGCUGUGGCAUUUUCCAACUUCCCAAUGUAAAUGAUGAGCAUAAAGGAUGCCUGUCACUGGAAGCUCAGAAAGUGUUUGACAGUAUUGAUUACCUAUUCAGGAUCAAGUUGAAUGUUGACGAUAAGUUGAUAGGCUCACGUCAGUCAAUUGGUGUUGCUCCACCAUCGAACAGCUGCUUCGAUGUCGGUGGAGGCAGCAAGUUGUGCGCUGACUUCACACUUGUCGUCUUGGACAAUGGCGAGGCCAACGAGAGUGCCUUCAACACCUGCGCACUGAUGAUCAUCAGCUCCAAGUUCCGCCGGUCCUGGGAGACCGCACCCGAUGUGCAGGACUUGGAGAUAAAGACGGAGUAUCUGCCGUGCGACACUGAGAAGAGUCAACUGCUUGAGAAGAGCACCAACAAGUUUGCCACUGUCAUGAGGAUUUACCUGUCCACAAUUGAGGAGGAACCGAGCACUAAAGUCCAUACCAAAGAGGGAGUACAAGCAUCGCUUUUCCUGAAGAGUGUUACUGAAGACAUGGUUUGUGAUAUCAAGCAAGAUUCUACAUAUUCAGUUUCCUGCUGUGGGAAUAUAAAAAUACCUGGCUCAGAGAAAAAACCAAAAGGAUGUAUAAUUCUCGAAGCAAAGAAAUUAUCUGAGAAAAACGAUGCAGAUAUUACUUUUGGAAUGAAGAUCAAAGUGGAUGAUGAUACCAUUGGUUACACAGAUACUAAAGGUUUGUUACUUCCGGGCACCAAAUGUUUUGACAUUGGUGCAUUUCCUGGCUUCGAGAUGUGCGUCGAUCUCUCAAUUUUGAGUAUGAAUAGCGGAUUCGUCGAUGAGAGUAUUUUCAAAUCGUGUGCCCUGUUAACAGUCAGCUCGAAGAGUCACACUCAGUGGGAAGGGAUACCACCCCUCAGCGAUGUCAUCGGCAAAUCAUCAGCAAUCUCUUGUGACAGUACUGAGAAUGACAUUAUCAAAACGACUGGUAGCUUUGUGAUGGCCAUUGCCAGGGUAUUUGUCAAUUCUAGUGCUUCGGAGAGCAAUAAACCAAAAAAACAGGUAGCAGCCACAAUUGCGACAGUUGAUAGCCAGAAUCAGCAUCCACCAUACGGAGGUGCCAUUUAUCUGAAAACUGACUUCGAGGGAAUGACAUGUGAGCUGACCUACUUGGGAUCCGCCAAUGAUCAAUACGCUCUAACUUGCUCUGGAAAAGUCACAUUGGAUGACAAUCAGAAACAUACAGGUGCUCUUCUUGUCAAAAGUAUGAGGCGUUUGAUCCAAGGGGGUGAGAAUGAAUAUCUCUACAAUGUAUCACUCACCGUUGAUAAUGCAGAAGUUAUUUCUCUCAAUUUCACAGAAUUUCCAGCUCCUGCUAGGCAGUGUUUCCCAUUGCAUGGAUUUCCCGAUCUGAAGGAAUGCAUUGAUUUGGACGAUUUGCUGACAGACGAAAAUCUGUCAAAUGAAAACCAUUUCAAAUCGUGCAAGAUGAUGGUGUUCAACUCGCAUAAGGAAGUCUCACAGUACGGAUCGUACCAUCUUUCAGCAGCCAUACGCAGAUUGGAGGUGUUGUCAUGCAGUACUAGCAAGGAAGUAUUGCUGAAAAAAGGAGGAGAGGGAGCCGAUGUUUUGAGAAUUAGUUUCGAGAAGGCGACUGAUGACGACAAGAGAGAGUGGGGAACUCUGAAAGACACUGCGCCUACCAAGAAGCAAGUUCAGGAGGCUUCCAGCUCUGGAGGAAUUCUUGGUUUGAUCAAUUCAGGAUUGAAGAGUAUUUUCUACUGAAUCUCGUACUUUGAACCGUCAUCAUUUUUAGAUUUAGUGUGAUUCAAUCCAUUAUUGUUCUGUAGCAUAACUGGACCCAAUUUUAGAAUUGAAUAUUAGAUAUAGGCGGAAUACUGAACCGUACCCAUUAACGUAUUUUCUUUGCAAAAUAAGUAGGUACCUAGUAAUUGUUUUCUUUAUUUUUCUGCAAUAAAUUUCUCAUUAGAUUUAAUUACACAUAUAAUUUAUAAUAUUUUUCUGUUACCCUAGUCAACAUCUCAAACAGAGGUUCUUUGUCUUUACCGGUACCUUUUUGUAGUUUUUCAUCCAGUAUUAAAUUUUAUUUUUCAGAUGGAAAUCAUUUUAUUAUUCAUAGUUUUUGUGAUUAUAUGAAGAAGAUAAUUUCAAGAAGCUGAUGAAUUUUUAUAACGUACUGAGAAUAAAAAUUUCAUCCAAUUAUUCUUUUUUUGAAUUUGAAGUUGCUUUCCAUGACGAAACACUAUAUAAUAACUUUAUUGUAGUUCUGA